AUGCAAACGCAUAACAAGCCCCUGGGGAGUAGUGAGAGCGAAGAGGUCCAGACCCAAGCCGGAAGAACCUGCAAGGGUGCCAGUAUCGGAAAAUUAGACAGGGCCCCGGAAGAGCUCCAAGCCGCGGCGCUACGGAUGCACGAAGCGAAACCCGGCAGAGUCUCGAAGACCCAGUAUUGA